AUGAAGUCCCAGCCUACCAUGAUUUACUGCUUAAUAUUAUUCCUGGCCACUGAAUGUUCUCACUGUAGAUUCGGGAUCCACAUACAAAAUGGAGACAAACUUCAUCAUCCUGAAGACAAGUCCAAGACUGGAAAGGCACAAGAGAAAUGCCAAGGACCUUGUAUCACUUCUUCCAACUGCAGUCGGUCCUGCUCUCAGCACUUUCUUGGAGAAGUAGGUUUUACAUGUAAUCAAAACAAGUGGCGAAAAUCAACUGAAACCUGUACAAGCCUCUCUGUGGAAACAUUCUUUAAGGACUCAAAUGUUGCAUCCCGCCUUUCGGUGGCGGCACCGUCCAUCCCAUUGCACGUUCUUGACUUCCGAGCACCAGAGUCCCCAGAGAGUAUAAUUGAAGGAAUCCGCCAGAAUUGCCCACUUGAUUAUGCCUGCAUAAUAAAUGCUGUGAAAUCGUCAGAAACUACGUCUGGAAAUAUUGCAUUCAUAGUGAAGUUAUUAAAAAAUAUUUCUACAGACUUGUCUGAUAAUGUUACUCAAGAGAAAAUGAAGAGCUAUAGCAAAGUGGUCAGCCACAUCCUGGACACAACAGCCAUCUCAAAUUGGACUUUCAUUCCUGACAAAAAUGCCAGCUCGGACUUGUUGCAUUCAGUAAAUUUGUUUGCCGGGCGCCUCCAGAUCCACAAUGAAUCUGUGAACAUCGUGGAUGAACUCUUCAUUCAGACCAAAGGGUUUCACAUCAAUCACAAUACCUCAGAGCAACGUUUCACUUUCUCCAUGAACAUGAACAAUACAACAGAAGGUAUCUUAGGAACAAUAGAAAUUCCCAGGCAAGAGCUAUGGAAGCUACAACCGAAUAUAUCCCAGGCUGUCAGCAUAGCUUUUCCCACACUGGGGGCUGUUCUGCAGGAAGCCUACUUACAAAACAUGAGUCUUUCCAGGCCAGUGAAUGGUUUGGUACUUUCUGUGAUUUUGCCAGAAAGACUGAAGCAAAUCUUACUCACCUUUGAGAAGAUCAACAAAUCCAGGAACAUCAGGGCCCAGUGUGUUGGCUGGCAUGCCAGGAAAAGGAGGUGGGAUGAGAAUGCGUGUAAAACUAUAUUGGAGAUCACCAACGAGGUGAAAUGCCGGUGUAAUUAUACCAGCUCGCUGAUGUCUUUUUCCAUCCUGAUGUCCCCCAAAACUAUAGAUGACAAAGUCCUGGAAUAUGUUACCUGCAUUGGGCUCAGCAUCUCCAUCCUUAGCUUGGUUCUUUGCCUGAUCAUUGAAGCCGUGGUGUGGUCCCGGGUGGUGGUGACAGAGAUCUCAUACAUGCGUCACGUGUGCAUUGUCAACAUAGCUGUGUCACUCCUGACCGCUAAUGUAUGGUUCAUCAUAGCUUCUAACUUUAGCAAAAAGGUCCAGAACGACAACUGGUGUAUUGCGGUGACGUUUUUCAGUCACUUUUUCUACCUCUCUCUGUUUUUCUGGAUGCUCUUCAAAGCACUGCUCAUCAUCUAUGGAAUACUGGUUGUUUUCCGUAGGAUGAUGAAGUCUCGCAUGAUGGCCAUUGGCUUUGCUGUUGGCUAUGGGUGCCCAUUGGUCAUUGCUGUUACCACAGUUGCUACCACAGUGCCAGGGAAAGGCUACGUGAGAUCUGAUGCCUGUUGGCUUAACUGGGACAAUACCAAAGCCCUUUUAGCAUUUGCCAUCCCUGCCUUGAUCAUUGUGGCUGUGAAUCUUAUUGUGGUUUUGCUUGUGGCUGUCAACACUCAGAGGCCCUCUAUUGGCAGUUCCAAGUCUCAGGAUGUGACCAUAAUUAUAAGAAUCAGCAAAAAUGUUGCCAUACUCACCCCAUUGCUGGGACUGACUUGGGGUUUUGGAAUAAUCACCCUAAUAGAAGGCAUGCCAUUGGUGUUCCAUAUAAUCUUUGCUGUGCUCAAUGCUUUCCAGGGGUUCUUCAUUUUGCUGUUUGGAACCAUAAUGGAUCAGAAGAUAAGAGAUGCUUUGAGGAUGAGAAUGUCUUCACUGAAGGUCAAGUCCAGGGUUGCAGAGAAUGCAUCAUUAAGCCCAAUGAAUGGAUCUAAAUUAAUGAAUCGCUAA